UUAAAUAUAAUUUUUUUCUGUACAUUUAAUGUCAAGAGAAAUAACUUGAUCAACUAAACUAUCGUUAUUGUAUAGUUUUCAUAAAAAUGUAGUACAGCACUAGUGCAGCAGUUUUUUAUCAGUAGAAAACUCUAUAAAUUUGUGAACCCUGAUUCUCCAUUUUGGCUGUCGCAUGUGACCGCAUGGUAUGGUAUGUAGCGAUCGAUGUUAAUCUUAUUUCUCUUUGGAAAGUUUAUUUAAACGUUUUUAGCUCUCACGAUGAAUACAAUGAGACAGGAGACGCAUCGAUCGGGUGCGUUUAAACAAUGUAAUAAACAACACAAAACUGGAAGACAUCGCAGUAAAAGUGCUGUUAAUAAAGAAUUCAAAGAUAAACAAAAUAUUAUCGGAAAGUCGUCGAAACGUUUUGAGAAAAAUCUUGGAAAGGAUGCACGUAGAAAUCAAUUGUUGCAGCAUAGAAAAAAGAAACGCGAGCAGAUAUUAGCACAAAAGAGAAAUUUUGGUGGCUUUUUUACGGCACCUAUCCUUAUUUGCAUUAUACCGUUGCAAAAUAACAUAGAUUUAAAGAGCAUCUUAUCUAUUAUAACUGGUAUGGAUGAAGAUGCUAAUAUCGCCACCAGUCCAAGUGGAAUUAUACACGUUGGGAUACCAAAGUUUAAGCAACGAUUUUCUAUCAUCGUACCACCAAUAGAUGAUGUUUUUGCAACAUUAGAUGCAGCCAAAGUUGCUAAUACAAUACUUUUCGUAACGUCGAAUCAAGCAAAUAAUGGCAUACCAGCAGAAGUUAUAGAUGAUUGGGGAAGGGAAAUUAUCAUGUCUUGUCUCGCUCAAGGUUUAUCUUCUACCAUGGUCGCAGUACACAAUAUUUCAAGUCUUCAUAUUAAAAAACGUCAGGAAUGUAAACAAGCUGUGCAACGUGCAAUUUCAAAAUGGCUUCCCGAAGAAAAAGUGUUGGAACUGGAUACUACAGCCGAUUGUUUAAAUAUGUUUCGCCGUGCCGGGUCACAGAAACAAAAGAACUUGUUUUACAGAGACAUAAGAUCAUACCUUUUGGCGGAACAAGUUUCUUUUGAAAGCGACAAAGAUUCUCUUGAUAUCGGAACUCUCAUAGUCAGUGGAUAUUUGCGAGGUAUGACAUCAUUAUCCGCCAAUGAUUUGGUUCACAUACCAGGCUUCGGAAAUUUUCAAAUGUCAUGCAUCAGAACGUCAGAAGAUCCAUAUUUAAUCGAACACGCCGAACGAAAGAAAUUUCUUUCUGACAAUAAAAUGGAAGUGGAAGGAAGGUUUAAAACUGUGAUAUUAACCGCAGAUCCAGAGAAACAGGAAUCUCUGGAAAGUGAAUAUAUUCCUGAUCCAAUGAAUGCCGAACAAACGUGGCCUACGAAAGAAGAAUUGGCUGAAGCAGCAGUCAAUAGAAAUAGAAAAAUUGUAAAAGUUGUACCGAAAGGAACUUCCGAAUAUCAAGCUGCAUGGAUACCAGAUGAAGAUGGAGAAAGCAUAUGUUCAGAGAACGAAUCGGAGGACAACAUGUCCGUGGAAGAGGCAAAAUCGGAGUCAGGCAGCACCGAAGAUUUGGAAGAUGACGAAGAAUACGAAACUAUUACGAUAUCAGAAGCACCGCUGGACGAAGAGCGUUACGAUCAAGACAUCGAUAUGUCCGAGGAAAAACAAGCCAUGGAAAAAUUUAAAGAAGCAAAAUUGGAUGCGCAAUUUCCCGACGAAGUGGAUACACCUCAAGAUAUUUUGGCUAAGAUAAGAUUCCAAAAGUAUCGAGGUCUCGAAUCUUUUCGUACCAGUCCAUGGGAUCCCAAGGAAAAUCUUCCCACCGAUUAUUCUCGAAUAAUCGAAUUUGCCGAUUACGAUCGUAGGCGGAAACGUAUUUAUAAAGAACGUGAAAAUAUCAAAGGUGUCACGCCAGGGUGUUACAUACAAGUUUAUAUCAGCCGUGUUAGCAGAGAAACUUUCAAGGCUUUCGCCAUGGCAGAAAAUAAACCAUUAAUAGUGACCGUUUUACUUCCAUACGAACAGAAAAUGUCACUUUUGAACGUCGUGUUGAAACAUUCGGGUAGUACACGACCAAUCGAAUCGAAGGAAAAAUUGAUAUUUCAAUGUGGAUUCAGACGGUUCGCGGCAUGUCCGAUAUUCAGUCAGCAUACAAAUGGUAUCAAGCAUAAGUACGAGAGAUAUCUUCAAUCGGACAGUACCGUCGUAGCGAGUAUGUACGCACCGGUUAUAUUUUCUCCAUGUCCAAUUCUUUGCUACAUUGAAAAAAAAGUGGAAUUAGUCGCAACUGGUAGCGUGUUGUCUUAUAAUCCAAACAGAAUUGUUCUAAAACGAGUCGUAUUGAGUGGUCAUCCAUAUAAAAUAAACAAGAAGUCGGUGGUCGUGCGUUUCAUGUUUUUCCAUCGCGAGGACAUCGAAUGGUUUAAGCCGGUUCAAUUGAGAACAAAAUAUGGUCGUAGGGGGCACAUUAAAGAACCUCUCGGUAUGCACGGGCAUAUGAAAUGCAUCUUUAAUGGUCAAAUAAAAUCUCAAGAUACAGUGUUGAUGAAUCUGUACAAACGAGUCUUUCCGAAAUGGACUUAUGAAUCUAUGAAUUAAUACAAAUAAUAAAGAUGAUAUCGCUAGA